AUGACAGAAAAGCCAACUAUUCCCGAAUCAACAAGACCGUUUGUCACCAACAAAUUUUUUCAUGCAACAUGGGCAGGAACUUUUUAUUGUCACCCUCAAGCAAUAUUUCAACCACGUAAUGUAGAAGAAAUCAAAACACUUGUCAAUGAAGCAAGGAUUCGUCACAAGACUAUAAUGACCGUUGGGUCAGGACAUUCGCCAAGCGAUUUAACAAUGACUAAAGACUGGUUAUGCAAUUUGGACAAGUUCAACCAUGUUAUUAAAGAACAGGGAGUCUCGGGACCUGUUGCUCCUGGCUCAAGUGAAAAAGAGGUGAAAUUUGUUGAUCUUACUGUUGAAGCAGGAUGCAGAAUAUUUGAAUUGAACGAAUACUUGAAACAGCACAACUUGGCGAUUCAAAACUUGGGCUCCAUUAGUGAACAGUCCAUCGCAGGCUUAAUCUCCACGGGAACCCAUGGAUCAACUCAAUACCAUGGAUUAGUUUCGCAACAAGUAGUUUCAAUCACAUUUAUUAACUCAAUGGGCGAAUCUAUAACGUGUUCUUCUAUAGAAAAGCCAAACUAUUUUAGAGCCAUCUUGUUAUCUUUGGGCAAAAUUGGAAUUAUAACACAUGUGACAUUGCGUACAUGCCCAAAGUACACAAUAAAGUCAAAACAAGAGAUUAUCAAUUUCGAUACCUUGUUGCAACAUUGGAGUACUGUUUGGUUGGACUCUGAGUUUAUCAGAAUUUGGUGGUUCCCAUAUACGGGGAAAUGUGUGCUUUGGAGAGCAAACAAGUCAACUGAUCCGAUCUCACCUCCAAGGCCAUCAUGGUAUGGUACAUGGUCAGGCCGUUUGUUUUAUCAAUCUUUGUUGUGGAUUUCAGUUCAUUUGUGCCCAAGCUUAACUCCUUUUAUUGAAAAGUUUGUUUUUGAGCAGCAGUACGGUAAAGUUGAAACUCUUGGUCUGGGUGACGUUGCUGUGCAAAACUCGGUCGAAGCAUUGAAUAUGGAUUGCUUGUUUUCCCAAUUUGUUAAUGAAUGGUCUGCGCCACUUACCAAAGGUGUAGAAAUUUUGAGGCAAUUACAAACUACUAUUGCACAAGCCGCAAAGGACAAGAAGUUUUACGUACACGCACCCAUUGAAGUGCGUUGCUCGAAUGUUACUCAAUCAGGUAAACCAUUUGUUGAUUCAAAUGGCAAGGAGUCUCUUUACCCUUCCCAGGAAUGGUUAUCCCACAGAACUAAAACUAGUGCUGGCCCUAUCCCCGGUAACAAUCUUCGUGCAUAUAUGGAUAAUUCACCUAGAUUGAAAUACCAAGGAGAAGACGCUAAGCCAACUAAUGAUCAAUUGACUUUAUUUAUCAAUGCAACAAUGUAUAGACCAUUUGGUACAAAUGUUGACACUUCUCAGUGGUAUGAUAAAUUUGAACAUAUUAUGGAAGCAAAAGGCGGUAAACCUCACUGGGCCAAAAAUUUUAUUGGCGAAGUAUCUGAAAAAGUUGAUAAAGAAGUAACUGAUCGCGACUUGAACCUUCAGUUGGAAUUUGGAGGUAAAAAGUUUUACACAAUGAAUGGAUUUAAAAAGAAUAUGCAAGAUUGGUUUGGUUCGGACUUGGUUGAUUUCAACAAAGUGAGAAAAGAAACUGAUCCUGAUGGUGUUUUCCUUUCGGGAAGAAACUGGGCUGAUAGAAAUGGUAUAUUGUUAGACUAG